UUUAAAUCCAAUAUAUAUUUGUAUUUAUUUUGACAAUUUAGUACUCAUUAUAUUUUUAUUAAAAAAACCAUUUACUAUUAACACAAUGGAAGUGAAUGUUGAUAAUCAUUUAGAACCAGUAACUGAGGAAAUGCAUAUAAAAUCUGUGGAAAAAGUAAAUGAAAUCUUACCUGCAAAAAAUGAAAAUGAAAUGGAAUCAGUUGCUAAGGAAAUUCAAGGAAACUGUGAAGAAAAAGUGAAUGAACUAGAAUCAGUUAAAAAAGGAUGUCAUUUAGAAUUCGGAGCUGAAGAAAUUCAAAUUAAAUCUGAGGAAAAAAACAGAGAAAUAGACACAGAAGAAAAAGAAAAUCAAUUAGAAUCAGUUGUAGAAGAUCCUUUUGCUUAUUUAGAUCGGGAUGAUUUUACUUCUGAAAAGUACAAGAUAGAAAUAAGAAACCUUCCAAAACAUUAUGGAAUUGCUGAGUUUAAAAAAUUAAUCAAUAUAAAAUUAGAAUUAAAUUGCUCUAAAGUUAAAACCCCUAACCGUAAUGGAAAGUGGCUCUAUAUGUGUUUUCGUUCAGAAGAAGAUAAAAAUGCAGCUUUAAGUAUUUUAAAUGGAUAUAUUUGGAAAAACACAAAAUUAGAUGCUACUAAUGCCAAAGCUAUUCCUGAUCCAUUAGUAAAGAAACGUAAUGAACAAUUUGAUGAUUGUUCAGAGGUAAAGAAAAUUAAAUUGGACAAUGCUGGUGCAGAACAACAGAUGAUAAGUUCUGUGACACCUUUUUAUAACAUAUCUUAUGAAGAGCAAUUAAUUCGAAAAACCAAUUCUAUUAAAAAUGUUCUCAUGGAUUAUAGUAAACGAUUGAAGCGAAUUAAAUGUGGUCAACGUAUACUUGAUUGGUUAAAAACACAACAAAAAAUAAAUAAUGGUCUUCCAUGUAAACUUUUAGAAAUACAAAGUCUUAAAAAUGAUUUAGAGAAAUGUGUUGGCUAUAGAAAUAAAUGUGAAUUUACUAUAGGUAUGGAUGUUGAAAAUAAAGAACCAAUUGUUGGAUUUCGUGUUGGUGCAUAUAACCAAGGAAAAACUAGUGUUGCUCCUAUUGAUAAUAUUUUAAAUGUUCCUCAACGUAUGAAAGAUGUUGUUAAAUGUUUUCAAGAUUUAGUUAGAGCUUCUAAAGUUCCUGUAUUUGAUCCUGAAAAUUAUACAGGCCAUUGGCGUCAGUUAACUGUAAGGCUGAGCUUAAAAACAGGACAAUUGAUGUUAAUUUGUGUAGUUCACACUGAAAACAUGGAGGAAUCUGCCCUGAAUUCUUUAAAACAAUUAAUCCUCAGUUAUUUUACUGAAGGAGCUGGAACUGAUUGUAAAGUAGAUUCUCUUUACUUUCAAAAAGCAAAAAAAAGAGCUGCCGGGGAAGGAAAUUCAUUUCCCUUAGAAUUAUUACAUGGACAGGGAUAUAUUGUAGAAGAAGUGAAAGGUCUUAAGUUAAGAAUUUCACCUGAAUCAUUUUUUCAAAUAAACACAGCUGCUUCUGAAAUAUUGUUUGAUGCUGCUAGAGAUUUAGCUUCCAUUAAUUCACAAACUACAGUUUUAGAUGUUUGUUGUGGUUCUGGUACAAUAGGCCUGUCUAUAGCUAAGGACUGUGCUCAAGUAAUUGGUGUAGAAAUUCAAGAAGAAGCAGUUAACAUGGCAAAAUUAAAUGCCACUGAAAAUGGUAUUACAAAUGCAAUAUUCUUUGCUGGAAAAGCUGAAGAAGUAAUGAACAAACGUGAAUUUCAAAACCCAGUGAAUUCUAAUGAUGUAGUUGCCAUAGUCGAUCCACCCAGAGCAGGAUUGCAUAACAAAGCAAUAUUGCUUCUACGAAAGAUGACACAUUUGAAACGAUUAGUAUAUAUGUCUUGUAAUCCUAAAGCGGCUUUGCAAAACUUUUUAUCAUUGUCUAUGGCUGAAUCUAAAACCAAACAAGGUGCUCCAUUUGUACCAGUGAAAGCUGUUCCUGUUGAUAUGUUUCCACAAACACCACAUUGUGAACUAAUAGUAUAUUUUGAAAGACUUGAAAGUUAAAUUAUUUUAUUUUUUUUGGGCUAAAGUCAAAUAUUUAUUUAUAAAAGAAAAAUGUUAAAAAAUUUAGUCCUUUAAUUAAAUUAAAUAUGUUAUUCAACUGCCUACUGGUAAAUCUUGACC